GACCGCUUCAGUUUGCCAGCGUCUGCCGCUCAACGAGCCACGAUCUGAGGCAACAUGAGCUGUCCCUAUGCAGGAAAUGGAAACGACCAUGAUGAUUCGGCAGUGCCCUUGACCACAGAGGUAGGCAAAAUCUAUGGGGAGUAUCUGAUGCUGGACAAGCUGUUGGAUGCUCAGUGUAUGCUCUCAGAGGAGGACAAGCGACCUGUUCACGAUGAGCACCUGUUCAUCAUCACGCAUCAGGCCUAUGAGCUUUGGUUCAAGCAGAUCAUCUUUGAAUUCGACUCUAUAAGGGACAUGCUGGAUGCUGAGGUCAUCGAUGAGACCAAGACCCUGGAGAUUGUCAAGCGACUGAACCGAGUAGUUCUCAUCCUGAAGCUACUGGUGGACCAGGUACCCAUCUUAGAGACUAUGACACCGCUGGACUUUAUGGACUUCCGCAAGUACUUAGCCCCAGCAUCGGGAUUCCAGUCCCUGCAGUUCCGACUAAUCGAGAACAAGCUGGGUGUGCUGACCGAGCAGCGGGUGAGGUACAACCAGAAGUACUCGGAUGUCUUCAGCGACGAGGAGUCUCGCAAUGCAGUUCGGAGCUCGGAGAAGGAUCCCUCGUUACUAGAGCUGGUGCAGCGUUGGCUGGAGAGAACGCCUGGCCUUGAGGAGAGUGGCUUCAACUUCUGGGCCAAGUUCCAGGAGAGUGUGGAUCGAUUCCUGGAGGCCCAAGUCCAGAGUGCCAUGCAGGAACCGGUGGAGAAGGCCAAAAACUAUCGUCUGAUGGACAUUGAGAAACGGCGUGAGGUUUACCGCUCCAUCUUCGAUCCGGCGGUUCACGAUGCCCUGGUGCGACGUGGUGAUCGCCGGUUUAGCCAUCGAGCCCUCCAAGGGGCCAUCAUGAUCACCUUCUAUCGAGAUGAGCCAAGGUUCAGUCAGCCCCAUCAGCUGCUCACCCUGCUGAUGGACAUCGAUUCGCUGAUCACCAAGUGGCGAUAUAAUCACGUGAUCAUGGUGCAACGCAUGAUUGGAUCCCAGCAGCUUGGCACUGGUGGCUCGUCCGGAUAUCAAUAUCUGCGCUCUACUCUCAGUGAUCGGUAUAAGGUGUUCUUGGAUCUGUUUAACCUGUCCACUUUCCUGAUUCCCAGGGAGGCGAUUCCACCGCUGGAUGAGACCAUUCGCAAGAAGCUGAUUAAUAAAAGUGUCUAAGCUUCGGCAAGGGUUCGACACAAACUGUCUUUGGCUAUGACUUACUUUUCUUUUAAACGGCAAUUGCUUUUUUUUGUAAUAAACUUUUAGUCUUUGUUAA